AUGAAGAAGAACAAGGCGUCUUCUUAUGUGAUCUCAGUGGGCGAGUUUGACGAGGCUGAAAGCGUUGUGGGGACAAUGAGAUCCAAUCAUCAUCGGACUGAAUUCACGCUUUGCAAUGAUGGCAGAAACCCUGCGGGAAGCCAUGGAGCUCUGCUGGAGGAGAGCCACACACAGGAGCUCAUGGCUGUCAGCUAUGAGUCAAUAUUGGGGUUCAUAAAGUUACAGCAGAUGUCCGCCAUCAUUCCUCACAUGGACAGGAACUCUCAGCGUGUUUGUUUGGGUGAUGGAUCUUUAUUAAAGAAAAUGAAGAACAAUCAGGGAGCAGGGUUGAUUAAACUGGAGACAAUAGUGCCGGCGUGGAACGAGGAGAAGCAAGAGUAUGUGAUGGACUUCAAUGGACGAGUCAAAAAGGGUUCAGUGAAGAACUUCCAGCUCGCCUGUUCUGAUAGUCCGGACAAGUUGGUGAUGCAGUUUGGUCGUGUAGAUGAAAAUCGCUUUGUGCUGGACUACAGCUCCCCCUUGUGCGCUCUGCAAGCCUUCACCAUCGCCCUGUCCUGCUUCGAUGAAUGA